CCUCGCCUUGUCUUGCACCUCUAUCUCCUACUGUGAAUCUCAUCACAUCCCUUCAAAUCCAUCACAAUGUCUUUCCUCUUCGGCGGUCCCCCCAAGAUGUCCUCGGCAGAGAAGAUUGCUGCCGCUGAGACUGAGGUUGAGAUGAUCUCGGACAUGUUCAACCGUCUCACCGAAUCUUGCACCAAGAAGUGUAUCCCCGUCGACUACCGCGAAGGCGACCUGAACAAGGGCGAGUCCGUCUGCCUUGACCGCUGCGUUUCCAAGUUCUUCGACGUCAACGUCAAGGUCAGCGAGAAGAUGCAGGGCGAGGCUGCUGCCAACAGACAGGGCGGCGGCAUGGGCAUGGGCAUGUAAAAGGGAUACUUUGAAAAAUGACUGCUAUUGAACCUGUAUAAUACAUUUUUGAUUUUGUUUGAUGAACAAAGAAUAUGGGCUUCACCUUAUGAGGCCUUGAUUGAUG